ACAGAAGUGUUGGAUGAAAAUCCUGGAAGUUUAUUUAUUAUCGAUCCUCAACCGCAACUAUUUUACUAUAAAUGCAAGAACUACUGCAAACACGACGCAACAAGCAGGCACCGCCGCAAUCGUUCUCGGCGUUCAUCGGAGGAAUCUAAUGUUUACGCCAACAAAACAUGAUCAGAUGCGUGAUGUGGUACAAGUCAGUGCCAAAUGCUCGUCGAGAAAAAUAUUGCCUAGCGAUACAACAUGCGAUAUUUAAUCCGAACUGUCUUAAACCAAACCUGACGCAAGAUGUUCGCUCAGUAGAUUUUAGAUUAUCGUUUUUAAUAUAAAUUCACGUAAUAUAUUUUUAAAUUGCACAAUCUGUUAUCAAUUUUAUAUAAUUUUAGAUUUAAAGAUGUAAAUUGGUUAAUUUUUAAUAACGAUUCACAUAUUUUUGAUUUCUCCACAAACAUUCAAAGUUUGAAGACUUGAGAAAAAACAAUAAUUAACACACCAUUUUUCUUAAUAGUUUCGAUGAAUUCACUUCACAGCCAGAUUUCUGCCUUUCGUGAGGUGCGGACGUUCGUACGCGAGGCAGCUUCGAGCAUUCUUUAAAUAUUAUUUACCUGGGUGACUCGAGCGAUGAAAGUGGCGCGAAACAGCGGCAGUAGGUGGUAAAAUAGUAGUCGGUGGGGCGAACGUAAUCGGGCUUGGUCAGCGUCGAGACGAUUCGUGCAGGCGGUUCAGUGCUAGGCUGUCGGUCGCGUGGCGAACCUACCCCUCACUUUGACCGAGUCGUUCGUCGAGGACACGUGGUAGCACGCCGGGAUCGAUCGAUCCGAUCCAUUCUUUUCGUAAUCCGACACCGUGUGUAUGGGAAGAAUCACGGUGACCGAGAGAUAACGAACGCCUCUGGUCGGCUGAGACCUUGAAUUCGCUGCGCGACACACCAACCCUUUCGCGUCACCCCGUGAAUAUUUCAAUAGCGUAUCGAUCUAGCGCAUAGAUAGAGCAAUACGCCGUUUCGCGUGCGGUGAAAUUUUUCCAACGAAUUUCGAUUCAUCCUGUUCCAUUUGCCUGGUAAUUAGAUCGUCUUGAGUGACAGUAGUAGAUCCGAAGAACAUGCGUGUCUCGCAAUUACACCUCUGUGCGUAGUGACUUCACCGAUUUGUCGUGCUCCAUCGCUCUCCGACCACUUAGCGAGCUAAUCAUCAGGUACCACCGUCGUCAGGACACACAAAACGUACACACGCAUCGCGAGUUAAUCGUUGUCUAUGUGUUUGUGAAUUAUUGUGCUGUGGAUAAACGGUGCUAUAAUCGUUCUCUGUCCGGCUGUCCGCAGACUGCAGUGGAAUAGCUGCGUACCUGGACAGCCCCCCUCCGAGUCUCCUUGAAACCCACGGAUAUAAUGUGCACAUACAUUGAACUCGGAAGUUUUCUAAUUGACUACAAACGUUUUGCUUGAAUUCCGGAAAGGCACUGCCGGCUGCCACCUUCCGGAUUAAUAAUUGUCCAUGUCACCUCACGUUUAUAGAUCGUUACAAGCACUAAACGUGUCCGAAUCAUGUUCAUUCAAUUAAUCACGGAAUUAAGUUUGGUGUCGUUUUCGGAUUAAGUAUAACAAUGACUCGGUCGUAACAAAUCAAGGUGAAUCUUGUACAGUUGUUUCUACGCUUCGCUCUGUAUUUUUGAGGUAGCAGUAGUGUUAGCCAGUUCUCACCAAAACUAAUUUAUCAUUGCGCUAAGUGUAAUUUGUUAUCGUCCACCGUAGCCGAUAACUGUUGCUUGUUGUUUUUGCUUUCCAUGUUCGUGUUCUGCGCAGGAGGCCCGGUGUUUUUUGCUGACAGACGAACGAAAGCAGCCGAAGGUGGCCGUUUAAUUGAACCGCGUAACGAGCAGCGAACGGGUUUUUGCCGGGAGCGAAGCUUCGGGCUCUAAUUCAUUUUUUUUUUUCUCCUACGAAAGACGCGAUUCGAUUUGCCUUGUUAAUUACAAAGAAGACACUGUCGCGUGCAGAUCGGUUUGGAAAAUUUAUGCUCGGAGUUCCACCGUGUGGAACCUUGUCUCUCUCAUGCCUGACGCGAUGCUCGUUAAUUCUGUCGCUGGCUGAACGGAGCACGUAUCAGCAUUCUCGUUCGUGCAUUCGAACGUUCCUCCUUUGUGCAGGCCAGUUGGCAAUGUUAGACGCGUUCGUCGUUUCGUACGCGAAGAAUGCACGGUUUCUUGGAAGAGACGUUCCUUUGGUACCACUUGACUUUGCUUCGUUUUCGUUGGGAAACUGACAAAUGGAUAAAUUCGACGAAAUUCUUUGAAGUGACAAAUUUCCUUUUAUGUAAAAAAGUCCCCGGAUAUUUAAUCCCUUAUUUGAACGAAAUUUUAUACGUCUUUUUAUUUGGCUAGCUAUUUCUCAUAAUCUGGAUUUGCCAAUUGCAAAAUCAGACAUUGACCUAUCAAAAAGUGGACGUUGAUGAACAUUAAGGAACAGUGCGAUAAGGAAUUCGAUGAUUCACGGUAGCGUAAUUAUUCAAGGCAUAGGAGUAGAUCGAACUUGAGGCCAUCGCAGUCGAUGUUCCAGGUCGACCGGUGGGUGUAUCGAGCCCCCUUGAACGUGUCCGUGGUUCAGCCGGCUCUGCGCCGUAAACAGCGAACGCUGCCGUGACAAGACAGUCGCUGGGGCUGCGGCAGAUCAAUCGACGAACUCGUCUAUUACUUGGUUUCGUUCGGGCAUAACAGUCCUUCGACGCAGUGUCGAGAUCGUCACGAAAUCGUGAUCGGUGAACGCGUGACGCGACUCCGUUCCGACGUGCAACAAGACGCAUCGAGCGUGAUUAAACGACCUUCGAGAAUCCAUAGUCGUUGGAAUUUUAAUACAAAAGUUUUCGGAAUUCAGUGUGUCAGAACGGUGUUAAGAAAUUGUUAGAAAGUUGCUGUUUAUAGUUAGUUAUAGUUAAUCGAGUGACGACGGUGAGGAAACAGUUGUUCGAUCGAAGAGUUCGCGAAAUGCGUAAACCCGAGGAGUUUGCAGACUUUGGAUUUUAAUGCAAAAUUUACGAUUCAUGGUAGUCAAUACUGGCUGCAAUAUACGCACAUAUACUUCUUGAUAUUUUAUACAGUUUCACGAAUAACAUAUCUCGUUUAUGUUAUCUAGUUUCUUAAUAAAUACAUAAAAUCUGCGAUCUAUUUAAAAGCGUCACAGCUUAUAAUAACUAGAAGUAUACUAAAGAAUAAUUGGCAGAAAAAUCGUAGGAAACCAGUGAACAGUUUCGAUAAUCGUUUAACUAACAAUGGAAAGGAAUCGUGAUUGAGUUCAAUAAUGACAGGCUAUGCAUCUUUAUUAGAACGAUAAAUGAAGAUCUGUGAUUCCCGCGUGACACGCGAUCCGUCAUUUUCCGAGGUGUAAUUAUAAUCUCAGACCUUGAGGCUGUUGGCGAGCCAAGCUGAGCGUAGUUAGAUCGUCUUCGAACCGUGGGGCGGUUCUAAACCGUUUGUACCGAGCUCUCUCAUUGUAUAAAUGAUCUCAUCGCACCCGGCUACAUUAUUACAGUUGUACGUUCUGCCGUGCAUUUUUCACUGCGGUCGUUGGAAGGAGGACUGGGAGAGGCUAGUUUGCAGGUGCAAUCGCGAUGGUAGCUCGCCAAGUGGACAGGAAAAGAGGCCGGGGAAGUUAGUUACCUUGAAGCCGGCGAACCGACGACGCCCAGGCCUUUGAUUCAAUCGAACCUCGUGGAGAACAUAAAUACACAUCGUAACUGUGCUUCUUUUCGAACUUCGACGAAAGUUUGCCUGUUUACGGAAACUAGAGAUGUACAAUGACAAGGAUAUUUUUAAAAACGAGCAAAAGAAGGCUGAAAAUCUUAGUUGUUCAAGUUUCUAUUGGCUGGAACUUCGAGCGUUUCACGCGAUGGUAAACAAAAUUCAUUCUAACUCAAAGCUGAAGAGUUCUUUCACCCUUAAAAAGCAAGGAGACUAAACGUUCAAAUCGUCGGAAACUCUCUUAACCCGUUCUUGAUUAACAGAUAAAGUUGAUCGUAUUUAAAAUCGAAACAGUGACGAAAUUGUUAUUCUCGCUUCGUAAGUGGAACCGUUGAUCCCGCGAAUGAAGUUCGACGGCAGGGGUUCAUCAGCCCGUCGAAAGACUAUCGAUCGAAGUUACGAAAUUUCUUAUCCCGGACUCGAAUUAUCUUCCAACGAAAAUCGCUAGUGAACCCGUCUGACGGUAGAGACAAAAAGCCAGCGAGAGAGAAAAGUUGCGACAAGCUGCCUAGGGACGCUUUCGUGAUCGUCGAGCACCACCACCACCGGCGCGCUGCUUCUUGUUCCGUAAACUGUUUAAAACCAUCAUCCUCGAGGCUUGUCGAAACAAACCGAUCGUUAUCACACACUGCGGUGAAAAAUAAACCAGACACAUCGUUCGUGAACGUCGACGUUUCUUUCCUGUACGUUUCGUACCCGUACACUUCACCUUGUCAGUCAUGAAUCUUAUGUUCCGCAAGAACUUCUCCGAGAGGGGAUUCGGUGGUGGUGGAGGAGGAGGCGGCGGCGGCGGCGGUGGAUUGGAGGGUCGGUCUACCCUCGGGACCGCACACGGACCGGGAAGUUGGGGUUACUCGGGGUCUCGUUUCGGCGUGUUGCGCGGCCAGUCGAUUGUCGGGAACCGCGCGCCGGUCAGACGAAGCCGGGAGUUCGGCUACUUCCCGUCGAUGGCCGAUCACGAGCACCAGGGGUUCGGAUACCGGACUCACCUGUUCUUCACCCCUCCGUCAGGAGGUGCGCUCGGUUCGCCGCCGGACGAGCCGACCGAGAGGCUGGGCCCGCCGCCCCGUCGGAAUUCCGGGCCCCAUGUGAUCAAAUGGGGCGGCGGAGGCAGUUCCGGGCAGACUGCCGGGAAUGCGCAGGCGAGGAGGAAACAGGCCCAGGCACAGAAAGAGUCAUCGGAACCGGCGACACCGACUACUGCGUCUAGACAGGUUUCCUUCAGCGGUAACCGCUCCGGCGCGUACACGCCUCUAGUGGUUUCCGGAAACAGCCCUCCCCGCGGUGAACCGAUCUCCCUGGCCACCCUGGACCGCGACUGUUUCAUCAUUCCCCUCGCCUCUCUCGAACGCUUUUUACCGGCGGGUGUACCGCUUGUUUCCAACUCGUUGCAGCACGCGCCUAUAGCGGACAAGAAGAGACCCGGAAGUCCACUAUCGGUCCUCGAGGUCGAGGACCCGAAACAAUGUGUUCUAGCGCAUUUCAUGACCCCCCUGGAACCCCUGGAUCCUCUGGUCGAGUCUCCGACGUCUCGGCCGUUGGUCCUUCAACGGGACACUGCAGCCGAACUGGUCGCCGAAAUAGCGCCAUCCGCUUCCCAGAGCAUUCUUCUUACCAACAUGGAGAAGAAUACGGAAUUCCCAUUCAUCACGUACUACCUGAUAAACAAGCAGAACACGGAUCCCGUCGAUUUCUAUAACGAGGUCCAAUGCGCCGCUCUGAGGAAGUUCGAUCCUCGGGACCUUCGAUACGCGGCCAGCCACACACUGGAUCUCUUCAACGAGGUGGCGACCAUAGCGAGGCCGCCGUUGGAACCACCUGGCGUCAGACCACCGAUUCCGUCCACCGGUUACAUUGUCUCGAUUUUCAAGGUGUUCGAAGGUGACGACGGCCUCAAAUUCGAACAGAACUGGCUCUAUUGGACCGGCGCCCGAAUGAUGUAUCGAUACUUGCCGAAAUCGGUAGGUCUGAGGCGGAUCACGUUGCACAAAUCCAUGUCGCAGGGCGACAAGAUGUACCUAUUGAUCUGCGAGUGUUCGCAGCUGCAAGACAAUCUAUCCGCGGCGGCGAUUCUGUUGCCCGCGUUGCGCGCACGUCUCUGCGGUUAUACCGGUCUCUACAGGCCCUCGGUAUGUUUCUGAUUCCUCAGGAAACGCUGACAGCGCGGCAAGGUGCAACGGGACAGGGCCACGCGGGCUACGCUAUGAGAGCCCUCCGAACACUUCCUGGAGAGAACGCAUCAUCCGGGACGAUGCUGGCUCACGCCUCGCGUCGGUUUCUUCGUGUUGCACUCGUUACGACUAGAGCACGACUGCUGUUGCGUGGUUCUAUCGAACAGGACAUCCUCUAGUCGACUAAAAUCUCUCGGUCUUCGGAUAAGAGAAUCGCGUUGAUCAGCGGAACGGCAGAACCAUUUACCUUAAUGGGAUGAUGGUCGGUGUUAAGGAAGAUGAGCUUUUCAGGGCUCGUUUCGUUCACCCACAAAAGCAGUUUUUACAAUACUACAGAGGCAUAACAUACACUUUGAUCGUUUCAAGAAUUCUGCAAGUUUGAUAAAGUUACUUAUUUUCUUAUAUCGUAACGAGUUUCCGUGUGAAUAUAACGUCAGUUUAUCGAGCCGUACUGCCGACGUUAUUACGAAUACCUGCAAUUCCAUGAAACGAGCCCUCUUUUUUUGUCAAAGCUCAACGGCUAGCCAGCAGGCGAAAUCGGAGUUCGUACGCACGAGACAUUGAUCUGUCUGGUAUCUGAUUUCCGGUAAAAAUGAGGAAAUCAAGGGGAUGAACUUUAUCGUUAAAGGGGAAGCAUAUUCGUAUACGCUUUAGGGAAAUCUCGAUGAUAAAUCUUGUACGCUUCGGGCUGCAGUCCCGUUUAGCUACGCCUCUGGCCAGUUUGUAUUUUUCGACUUUACAUACAUGUAUUUCAUCCGGCGUUUUAUGCGAUCGUGAACACACGACUCGCAUGUACAUACAUUGAACAUAGAAAUUUGCGAGGUACACUUUUAUUACCGUAUCGACGACUAUCGAUUAAAUCGCUAACUACAUAUCAUAUAUAUAUACUCGUGAAACUGUGAUAUUCGAACGACUACCGCAUAUAUCACAACGAACGCAGCGAAAGACUUCAUCAUAAGUAAGAAGAAACGAAGUGUAAGAGGUAAUCAUUGAAAAUGCUACACAAUCUUUUGCGAGAUCAGUUAGGCGAAGUAAAGAAGAACUCGAGACGGUAGCGGCUCCUCGGAACGGAGGGCACUUUGUAAACAUAAUCUCCAGAUCUUUUAUUAAUUACAUUCGCAGGUUUGAUAUUACAUAUCAUUCCCUGGAUUAUUAAUCGAUACUCGCGGGCUUUGAUUGUAAACGGGCAGGAUCUAACGAAUGAGUUACGGCUUCGAAACACGAACAACGAAUCGUUUGUUCAUUUUUUGAAUUUGUAUCCUUGUUCGUUACUUUGUUUCACACCGGUGGGAGGGUAGAUCUUCGGCGUCUUCUUUUUCGUACGCCGGAAGAUGCGAGAGAGACGGGGAAUGCUUAAACCAGAUCUUUCUUAGGUGCCCGUAGAAAUUUUAGAGUGAGGACGCGUAGCACGAUUCGGCAAUGUAGUACAAAGAAAUAAGAAAAACCAGGAAAACAUAAAUAAAAACGUAUAGUCAAUAUACGCUUGUUGCAUACAGACAAUAGCUAGGACGAUUGCGCAGGCGCGAUCAAUUAAACGUAGAUUUUUAAGGAUCUAACGGCGUAUUAUUUAUUUAAGAUACGUCCCUUCGCGCUCGCUGAGAUGAAAUUGUGGAUCAAGAUGAACCCCUUUAUGUAUUAAGACGAACGAACAAAGCAUACGAGAAACUCGCGAUUUUACUGUGAUCCGCAUGUGUAUCGCGACCAAUGUAAAACACGAUACACGCGUUUAAAAAACAAAAGAGAAAAAUAAAUACGUGUGAGCGUAAUUGAGCGAACGGUUCAAAGAACGGUGCGCCUGAUUUGAUUAUACAUAACGUAAGACGUGAUUAGUUUAGGCAAAAUCCUGUUAAUCCUUCAAUCGCGGUGCCUCUGUAAUCAAAAAUUGAAUCAAUCAAACACUGUGCUUAAUAUUCGCAGCGCGGUCGAAGGAUUAAAGUAACGAUUGUUCGCCUGCACAAGUUUGUUUACGAGAAUACAAUUUGUUCCGCGUGGGAUUCAACGCCUUUCCAAGAUGACUCGACGAUCGUACCAGAGAAUCGAGUUGUGCCUGCGAUCGCGGGGAUGAAACUCUUGUUUCAUCGGAGGAUCUGACAUUGUACGACACUUCGAAAAUUAUCAUAGGAUUUAUUAUAUCAUGUACAACGAAUAAUAACGAAAUAAUAAUAAAUCACUUCUAAUAUUAACAUCUUA